AUUUUUUCUUUGCUAAAAUGAAUAUUUUGCAUACAUAAUUGUUUACAUCAAGCAGUUUCAUACCGUCGCGCAACGCCGAAGCCACCGCCGGCCGCCCGCCGCCGCCAAUAAUUCUAUGUAUUUUUGUUUAAAUCUUAAACCAGUUUUAAGAUUAAAUGAUUUUGGUUUGAGGCUUUGAAUAAUUUUUGUAAAUAAAUACAACUCGACGACGACGACGACGAUAGUUUUUCUCUAGAAAACACACACUUUCUAUGUUUACUUAAUCUGGAUGCUAUUGUUGGGAAUCUAACUGCACCUGCAUGCCUGCCUAUGAAUAUAUUAAGAGAAAUAGAAAUAUUCGAGUUUCGACGGAACCAGAAGAUUAUUUUCGCUUGGAUCCACAAAAAUCACCCGCAGAAAAUGCAUUUGAAAUUUAUGAAUUAUUAUGCAUUAAAGAAACGAGGGACGCAAAGCGCUUGUUUCUCCUCAAUGGAUUUGCAACACUCUUUCAAGAGAACAAAAUACCCCAAUUGGGUUUUUCAACAGAAGAAUUUUUGUAUUGCUUGAGUGUUUCACUGAUACACUCAUUUACACAAGUUAGAGCAGCUGGUCUGCGAGCUAUCCGAUAUGUAUUAUUAACGCCAAAGGACAUUAAAAUAUUCAAUUCGUUGCAAUUGCCUUAUUUGGUUUGCCGAAGUAUUGAUGUACUUUUGAGGAAUGACGACGAACGAGUACAGGGCCUUAAAUUGGUUCGAAAAAUUCUCGCUAUAUCACCAGAAGAUGUGAGUCCUGUCAUUGUACGCUGUUUGGUAUCACUAGCGAAUAAUGGCAUCGAAGAUAGCGAUAAUAUGCUAAGGGCUUGCCUUGCGACGCUAUGUGAAUUUGGAGUUUUGAAUCCAACUUUGAUGGUUGUUUGCGGUGGUGUUGGGGCGAUUACCAGAAAUGUAUUGGAAUGUCACAAUCCACGGAUAGCUGAAAGCUUGUGUGGCGUUUUGUUGCAUUUGCUCGAAUGGCCAAACACAAGAAAUAUUUCAGGCAUAAGAUUAGAUUGCUUAGCAGCACCAUACUGCGAUUUUACCUAUAGACUGGGUAUUAUGGAUAAAAAUAAGGAUGCCCGUGAGUUAAGAUACACAAGUAGUAGAUUGGCAUUGCUUUCAGUUCUCCGAAGUUGGGCUGGAACAUUGGAGUUUUGUAAUCCAAGUAAUCCUUCUGGACUGAAAGCUAUAGUUGAUGUUUUAUAUUUAAAUCAGUUGGAAGUUAGGAAAGCAAUCUUAGAUUUACUAUAUGAAAUUUUGGGUCUUCCGCAACCAAUUUGGACAGACGAAUAUUCGGUAGCUUUAUCAGCGGUGGAUCCUUCAGAUUUUCAGGAUACUUGGCUGUUAAGUAAUGGAUUUGUUGCAAUGGAAGGACGUUCUAUUUUACCUAGUCUUGCAAGUCGUGCACCCAACACAUGUGAACAGCAUUUAGCCCUACUUUUGUAUUGCUUCUUGGAAACGGGUUUACUAAAUGCACUUGUUGAAGUCAUAGUAUCAAGUGAUACUUUCAUUUCAGUUCGUGCAACAGUUUUAAUUGGUAAAAUUCUUCAUUUAAUGCAUACUCAUUUACCUGCCGAUAUAUGUAGUACAUAUCCAGCACUACCAACACUUGUUACACAUGCCACGCAAGGAAAUCAUCAGGCCAUUGCUUCAAUAUCAGCUCUUCAAAACUACCAUCAGAUGCUGCGCAAUCGACCAGUGUCAUGUAGUUUGUUCUUAGACAGCAUUAUUCAAGGAGGAGCUCUUAUAAAUACGCGCCUGUUUAAGCGUGACAUUAACAAUUACGAAGUUACUACAACGAUUGGAAAUGCUGUACUUGCCCAAGAGAAUUCCGAACGACGUCGAUUAGAUUCGGUGUCGUCCAGUAUCAGUGGUGGAGGAACUGGAACUGAUGAAUCUCACUCGCUUCCAACAUCGACUAUGAGACGUUCAAGUUUUCGUUUGAAGAAGAAAAAGUUUAGGCAAUUUUUUGAAAACAUGCGUGAGUUCAAUCGUUUAGUAAAGGACUCCAAUGUAUUAGUGUUGGCCGAUGGCAAUUCUUGGGAUUGGGAAAUAGUCACAACUAUUUUAAGAACGGAUGCUAUAGGAAAACUAGACGAUACUAAAACUAGGUUUCUCAAGAGAAUCGUUCAUUACUUUAAGCCGAGUAGUAAUCGUUUCUCUCACCAAGACUUAGCGCACGGUAGAACAGUUCCAGCAUAUGUAACAGCAGGUCUCGAUUUGAUUGAUUGGUUGCUUGCCAGCAAUGAGUUGGAGAGCAUGUGGCAGCUUACGGAUUUAUUUUCGGAUAUAAGUCAACACCUAUUAGCUAUAACAACAUCAAAUAGAGCUCAUGACUGUCUAUUUAGCCCUCAACAUAUGAACAAUACAAUGUGCCAACAGUAUUUCCUCUUUAUCGGUCGUAUGUGUCGUCAGGAGAAAGGGAUAAGUAUUUUAACAAAUACUGCAGUUUUUGAACAAUUAACGACUCUGGUUUCGAGUACCGAUCACGUUUGUUAUGUUAAACUAAUCGUAUCUGGUUUAGACUAUGGCCUCGAAUCGUAUACGAGAAAAAUUCUCGAAAAAGCACUGACUUCGGCAAAAACUCGCAGUGGCCGUCUCUAUUCAACGCAAUUUCUACUAGUCUUGCUUAGAGCUAGGAUUCCAAAUUUUGAAGUUUGGGGGAUUCCCCUUCUUAUUAAUCAGACUAAAGACUCAGAACGAAGCAUUGUGUUAGCUGCUAUCGAUGUUCUUGAUGAAGCAUGUUAUGAAAAGAACUAUUUAGAAGAACUCGUUAGCAUUUGGCCAAAUUUUAAGCCACUUGGUGAUGUUGGACGGCUUCUUAUGUCACGUUUCUAUUCGAUUUAUCGUGGACUGAAUCACCGAAAGGCAAAAAUCAAAGAAGAAGUUGAAUUUUGGAAGAAUGGUUACAACAAAAGAUACGUCCUUUUGGUUGAAGCUGAUACGCAUUCCAGUUUAACCUUGCACAUCAAAAAUGAAGAUGGCUACUACAGUCGAAGAAACUGUUCAACUAGGCCUAUUGUUAUUCCACCUUAUAUUCAACCGCAUUUAUAUGGACAACUAGUACAGACGAAUCAAGGAAUAGUAGCACUUCAAAAUUUUGCUGAUUUGCCAGGUUUGGUGGACUGUAUAAACAAAUCAAAAAUGAACGAUGAGAAUGACUGUCUUGAACUGAAAUCAGCUUUGUGGGCAUUAGGGCAUGCUUCGACGCAUUCGAAUGGAAUCGAAAUGUUUUUAGAAUCUUUCCCAAGAAUAUAUGAAAAAAUUAUAUACUUGGCAACGAAGGCGGAAGUUUAUUCGAUUCGAGCGACUGCUUUUAAUGUACUUGGAUUAAUUGGAAGUACUACUGCUGGAGCAAAUUGUUUGUUCAAAUUAAAUUGGCUGUGCGUACGACAUGAUCGAAAUACAAUUUGGCCUGUUUACCAACCCGAAGACUGGAUUUCAAAUAAUUUUACACCUGUGCGGCAUCCGUGUGAAGACGUACCUUCGUAUAAUUAUCCAAGUUUAGAUGAUCAAAUUGAAGGAUCAUAUUACACAAGAAGUGAUUGGAAUUUGUUGCUGGCUGAUGACACAACCACAACAGGCGAAAGCAAAGGCGAUAGCAAAGACGAGAUUGUUGGAUGCGUUACACAAUCAAAAACUAUGACUGAUCCAGCUUUCACUCGGCCUGGAAAACACACAAGAUCAUUGUCUGAAUCAAAGACUACAGAUGUAAUAAGCAUCAUAGCUGGGACACAUUUACAUCAUCAUAGGGUACGUCGUAACUCUUGUACUGACUCGAAUACCUCUGGAGUAAGCAGCUGUGAAUCGGUACCAGCUCGAACUACUGUUGGAGAUUUUCAACAAAUACAACUAAGUCCGAUUCCUUCGAUGUCCAAUCUCGCUGAUAUCCCGUCCAGACUCGCUCUUCCUCUCCGACGGACGUCACUAAUUGGCACAACAUACUUACCAACACCAAUAAGCCAUUUGGAUUUUGAGGGCUAUGCGAAACUAAGAACCCUUCGACGGCAUUGUCGACCUGUUCUAUCCGAAUCUGCAGCCGACGAAAUAGCUGAAAUCAUUGAUCGCAAUGAAAUAUAUGCAACUUUUCGUCAAAAAAAGUCUUCGAUAAGUGAUUUGCAUCGUAAGAUGAAAGUACGAAGUCUGGAUCGUCAUACUUCUCUUAACGUGUAUUCGCAAUUCACUGUUGAAGAUCUCCAAGUUCCUCUACCAACACUGGCAGCACCAAAGUUCCUGUUACAAAACGACUCAAAAGGCCCCUGCUACUCAGGAAUUUGCCUUCCAAAACAUAUUCUUGAUCUAUUUCCUACGCGUAACAUGACUACCACAUACGUUUCGCGAGACAUUCAAGACCACGAUUUAGUUGAUGCCAAUCUUAUGGGCGUUAAACAACAAUUUUUCAAUGACUCUAUAAACGAGUGCGACCAAAGUUCUGUCAUAAGCAAUUUUUCAGACGUUUCUUCUGUGAGUAAACGUUCAAAAUGGAUUGGCAAACAUAAUCGCAGCAAUUGUUUGCGUUGCUCUCGGACGAACAACAAUAAACCAAAUAAAUGCAGCGAUACAUGUAUAUUUAAUAAGAAGUUGAAAUCCUAUCCGAGUUCCUCGAUUCAACUGUCAGAAAUAUCAUUCAACUCACCCGAAAGCAUUCACAGCGAAGAUAGUAUGCCCGAUCAUCUUACCACAGUGAUUUUGUAUAAUGUCAUGCGCUUGGCUAAUCCAGUGAGUAGUAAGCAAUCGAAAUUCGCCUUGCUCGAGUUGAAGCAAAAGCAGCCGGAAUCCUUCCAGGAUAUUUGUUUGUAUUCGGAAGUGUGUAAAUUCCUAGGACGAAGUACUUAUCGCAUGAAUGCUCGGCGCUUUCUUCAAGAGCUCUUUUUAGACUUGAAUUUUGAAAGUUUCAACGUUGAACCGAGUGAGAUCAUAGCUCGAAAGUUGAAGGAGUGUCCGCCUAAACCUUUGCGGCAAAUAUCCGAACCAAAUGAAGAGACCUCCCCAUCUGAAACAGAAACCCCACCACAACAGCAACAGUCUGCGAGUGUUACACCCACCUCUCAGACACCACCUGUGAUUCCAAAUUCCGGCUGGUUUCCAGCCUACAAGUCAAACAUAAAAUCCCCACCCCUUGAAAGCGUUUACGAGACCAGCUGUGAGAAUUUAAUCGAACCGCUAAGCUCAAAACUAUCGCCGUCGGACAACAAAUCAUCCUCAACAACCAUCAUAUCAAUGAACCCUUCCGACAGCCGAACUACGAUAAACACCACAUUACAGUUAAAUAACGAUCACGACGCCGACAACAGUAAAACUAAUAAUAUUUAUGAAUCUAGUUUAAGUCCGGGAGUGCUUAAAAAUAAUUUUUUAAGCAAUUCCAAAAACAACACUGCCAGCAAUAAUAAAAUAAACGAAAACAAUUGCAACUGUAUCCUAAACAAGCAGCCUGCAGUUGUUAUCGAAAACGAAAACAAAAAAUUCAGCAGAGGUCGCUUUUAUACACUCGAACUGGAUUUGAGUUGUACAAAAAAUAAGUUUCCUAUAACCGAUCGAAGAAAAAAAGAGGCUUACUCGCCUACAGCGACAGCAACAACUACAACGACAACCGACCCACAGUUUAAUUCUGUGACAAUUGGCCAAAGUCAUAGUCAAAGUCAACCAUCUUCUACAGCCACUACACCCAUAACAAGCUCAAACACAACAAACACCUCGACUGCAGUGAGUUAUAUCGGUCAAUUCACUUUUACAAAAAGUCUGGCCGCUUCACUCUCUAAGCCCAUUGGCAGUCUGUACUGUGAAAAGCGGAUACAAUCUUCCAAAUCCGAGGCGGUCCUUUCCAAGGCUAAGCAAACUUAAAUUUAAAGAGUCCAUUUUAAUAGACUUGUUUGUUUUUGACAGCAUCGAAAGGUGUCAAAUCUUUUAAUGCUUCUAACAAAUCCUCAAUAAAUAUGAAUGUAUAAAAAAUAUAUAUAAAUUAUUUUCCCAUUUUUCUGUAUAUUCAACUAUACCACCGCAAGAGUUUAUUGCAGUUUUAAAUUCAAAUUCAAAUUUAAAUUCACAUCAUGAACAAUUCCAUUUCAUAAGCAACAACAAAAACAAAAACGUCGUCGUUGUCGUUUACAAAAAUAAAAAAUAAAAUAAAUAAAGAAAAAAAAACAACAACAAUUAAAGCAAAAAGUAAUAAUUAAAUUUUAAGAGAAAAAUUAAAUUAAAAAUACAAUAUAAAAUAUAAAAUAAAAUUCCAUUAAUUGUAGCUACAUUAAAUUUUAUAUUUAUAUUAUGUGCAUUGUAAUAUUAUUAUUUGCAGAAAAGAUAAUAGAAUUAUUGUAAUUAUUUUUAUUAUCAGUAAAUCAGUCCAUUAUUUUCAUAAAAUAUUUACCGGAAUAGUUUUAUCUUCACUCACAUACACAUUUUUCGAUAUACAUAUAAGUCAUUUAUUUAGUGACCAGAAUGCUGUUCUAUUAUUAUUUAAAUAUUUUGUUUCCUUUUUUAAUUUAACGGCUUGAUUUUUAGUUGUUUAUUUAAUUUUUUUUUCAUAAUAUUUUUUUAUUUAAAAACUGUAUAGUUAUUUGUUUGCUAGAAUUAAAAAAAAUUUGAGAUGAUAAGAUUAUAUAUUGUA